AUGGCAUGUUGGAUUAUUAUUCAAGAUAAAGACCCCUCUACCUGCGCCCUACUUCUGUAUUUUAAAUUCAUAUCUGGAAGAACGACAAUUUAAAAUCACGGUGAGAAAUAGCUAUUCCUCUACAUACCCAAUGAGAGCUGGAGUCCCACAGGUAGUGUUCUCGGACCGCUACUAUAUUCCUUGUACACUGCUGAUAUCCCUUGCCCGAAUUUCGAACACAUGGCAGCACCGAACAGGACUCUUAUUGCAACCUAUGCAGAUGACAUCGCAGUUGUAUAUAACUCUAGGGACAGCAGAGUGGCAGCUAACGGACUACAAGAAUAUAUUAAUGCUCUGGCAGCCUGGUGUAAACGGUGGAACCUAAAAAUAAACCCCCUGAAAACAACAAAUCCGUGCUUCACAUUAAAAACGCUUAUCCCGAACACCGCUCCAAUUCGGCUAGAAGGAGUUACCUUGACCCUGCAAGCAACAUAUCUAGGUAUCACCCUGGAUAAACGGCUCACCUUUGGGCCGCAUCUCAAAAAGACAGUAAAGAAAUGUGGUCACAGAUCACAACAGCUGAGAUGGCUCAGGAAAAGAAGGAGCACUCUUUCGAUGAGGUGCAAAAGAGCUGUGUAUGCGCACUGUAUCGUACCGAUAUGGUUAUACGGUAUCCAGAUUUGGGGAAUUGCAGCCAAAUCGAAUUAUAAUCGUAUCCAGCUGAUGCAAAAUCACGCAUUACGACAAAUAACCAACUGUCCCUGAUAUGAUGUCCAUCGGUCGUAGAGUUGGUUUUGCUGAUAUGACAGCAAUGUCAGAAAUUGAUGAAAUUGGAAUUAACCAAAAUCUAAACGUUCGAUACAACAGUGACAUAAUAUACACUUAUACCGGAUCUAUUCUUCUAGCUGUAAAUCCUUAUAAAACCAUUAAUAUAUUUAACAAGCAAACAAUUUCUGAAUAUCAUAUGUGCAAGCUUGGAGAUUUAUCGCCGCAUGUGUUUGCUGUAGCCGAAGCAGCUUAUACCAGCAUUGUCGAUGAUAAUAUUAAUCAGGCAUGUGUUAUAUCUGGUGAAUCUGGAGCUGGGAAAACAGAGAGUACCAAAUUUAUUCUGCAGUACUUAUGCACAAUUACUUCAAACGUUUCAUCCUGGGUACAGCAGCAGAUUUUAGAGGCCAACACUAUUUUGGAAGCAUUUGGAAAUGCCAAAACAACAAGAAACGAUAACAGUUCUAGAUUUGGUAAAUUUAUGCAAGUUUGCUUCGACGACAACAACAGUAUUAAAGGAUGCGUAAUUCUUGAUUACCUGCUCGAACAAUCUCGGAUAACAUUUCAAAGUGUAGGGGAACGAAACUAUCAUAUUAUGUAUCAAUUAGUAGCUCAGGGCCAAAAAAAUAUUGGCAUAGCAAAAUCCUUUCAUCUAAGGCCACCUGAGUUUUACAAAUAUCUAAAUACAUCCAAUUCUGAAAAAAUAAAUAUGAACAUAGAGUCAAAGAAGUUUGAUGCCGUAACCAUGGCGUUUACGGUUUUACAAAUUCCCCAAUUCGUUAUAGAUGGCGUUUUUAAAGUUCUCAGUUCCAUUUUGUGGCUAGGUAAUAUAGAGUUUAUAGACGUGGAUGGAGAAGUCACCGACUUUUCAAGAUCGGACCAAGAAGCGAUAUCGAUUAUAUCAAACCUUUUGGGACUAAGUCGAUGUGAUUUUAAAAAGGUUUUAUUAAUUCGCCAAAUAAAUGUUCGAGGAAAUGUUACGGAAAUUCCUUUAAAAAUAAAAGAGGCUUUGGAAAAUCGACAUGCUUUGGCAAAAGCAUUGUACUCAAAAACGUUUACAUGGCUGGUUUCGAAAAUAAAUAACUGUACAAAUCCAGGACAAGAUGACGCUAAAUUUCUUGGAGUUCUCGAUAUAUUUGGAUUUGAAAAUUUUUCUCAUAACUCAUUUGAGCAACUAUGCAUUAACUAUACCAACGAAAAGCUUCAUAAGUUUUUUAACCAUUAUGUUUUCGCCUUAGAGCAAUCAAUCUAUGAACAUGAAGGAAUACACUUUAAUCAUGUGGAGUUUACAGAUAACACUCCUUGCUUGGAAUUACUAGAAAAACCUCCGCGAUGUGUGUUCAAGCUACUGACAGAACAGUGUCAUAUGCCAAAAGGGUCUGAUUCGGCUUUUUUAAGUAAUAUGCACACUGAGUUCGAGUCACACGUAAAUUACAUUAAAGGAUCUGAUCGCCGUCAUUGGAAAACCGAGUUUGGAAUAAAACAUUAUGCAGGUCUUGUAAUCUACGCUGUGGGCGGAUUUGUGGAAAAAAAUCGAGAUGUACAACAAGAUGUAAUGUUUGAAUACAUGAGCUGCAGCAAGGACGUGUUUAUAAAAGAUUUAUCAAAAUACCAGGAUAUCCAAUUCAUCAAUUCAAGUUAUCCACGAGGAUCAUCGAAAUCAAAAUGUACUGUAAGCGAUAAUUUUCGCCAUCAGUUACAGUCCCUUAUAGAUGUUCUCCAAAAUACAAAGCCUUGGUACGUUCGUUGUAUAAAACCUAAUUUGCAAAAGCGACCAAAUAACUACAACAGCUCUUUAGUUCUCGAUCAACUAAAAUAUCUUGGAGUUGUGGAUAUUAUUCGAAUAAGAAGAGAAGGAUUUCCAAUACACUUUAGUCAUGAAGACUUUGAAGUUAAAUAUAAAUGUCUUAUCAAGAAUAAAUCAUUUGAACAUCCACAAAAAUAUUUAACGAAUAUUUUGGAAAAAAGCGGCAUGCCUCCUACUGAAUGGCAAAUAGGAAAAACUAAAAUAUUUUUGCGCAAUGCGGCAUAUGAACUGUUGGAGACUAAUCGAAAAGAUACAAUUUAUAAAAAUGCUGUUAUUAUUCAAAAAAUCUGGAAAAGAUACUAUUGCCAAAAAUCGUUUUUACGCAAUAAACAAGCUGUUCUGAGAAUACAACAUGCGUAUAGGGGCUGGAGAUUAAAAAUUCGUUUUAUGAGAAUGCGGCGUAGUGCUAUUGUCAUUCAAAGUCGACUCCGCGGAGUUUUUGCUAGAGAGGUAGCAGCGGCAUUAAAAGAAAUGAAGCGCGUUGAUGAAGAAUUAAAAAAGAGUGAUGGAAUCUAUGAGCAAUUAACCAGCAUCAACACAAAAACUUUUGCUGAUUGUGAGAGAUUAAUACAAGAAGAACUAAGUGUGCUGGCUCAUAUUUCAGAUAACAUUCGCGCCUCAGCUAAGCCACAUUCCGAUAAGAAUGAUUUUGAAAGCAAUACUGCGAGAGCUUCAGUUCAACAGGACACCGUUAACCUAGACAAUAUGUUUGCUUUUUUAUGCGAAUCAAAGGGAUCAUUUGAUAAUGCACUUAUUAAAGAAAUAAAUGACAACUGGGACAACUUGGUUAAAAAUCUUGACGAAGAAAUAGAAUUGUGUAUACACACCGAAGACAGUUUUGAUAGCCAAGAAACGGGAAAAAUUUUUACAACUAAGUACGUCCGGACGCUUCCAGAACCAAAUGUACCGCCCCCACCACCACCGGUAUCUAUAAGCGCGAAUUUAAAUUCUGAGCCAAUAUAUGAGGCAAUAAACUUAUACAAGCUAACAACAAAAAAAGAAAUAAAAAAAGAAAAGUAUAUGUUACUUGAUUACAAAAGCAUUAAGGAUAACAGUAAAAAGCCUUCUUCUUCUUCUGUUUUUGUAAAAUAUCAAAUUGAUGAACGUGAGAAUAGACGAAAACAAAGAGUGGAAAAAAAAAUUCACGAACUAACAUUAAUUGAUAUUCACAAAGAUAUUCACAUCGAUGAUUCAUUUUACAAUAUUUUGGAAUUCGCGGAAAACUAUUUUAAUACUCAUGACCUUUCAAGUGAUUGUAACACUACACAAAUGGGAAAAUCUUCUGAUAUAACGGCAAAACACGAGAUGACAAUGUUUUCUAAGUCAGACAAAAUUCCAACGUCGCAUAUACACAUGUAUGAUCCUGAGAAUGUUGUAUUGUCGUGCAGCAUGUUUCGGGUAAGUAUCUUUUAACCAUAUUUAAUAUUG